GGGCGAGGUGGAGGAGAGAGGGAUGCGGAGUUACGUGUUCAACCUGAGGAAACUCAACGGGUUGCCGCAUCACCUGGUGCUCUCUGGUCAGAUUCUGCCCUUCCUGUCGGAGUGCGUGUUCAACUACGAGUUCCUGUUGCACAAAGCCUGGGGCCUGUCUGUUCUUCACGUCGAGGAAGAUCUGAAGAAAGCCACGUUGCCUGACAAAGAGCUACUGGAUGUGAAGGUGUGGGCGGGGGCUCUGCAGCUUGCCAGGCCUGUGUUAGAAAGCGACCCCUGUCAGCUGGCCUCCCAGAUCCUGGGCCGCCUGGGUCAGAUGGUCAUCGAGGACCGCCCCGUGGCUCCAGGUGACCCUCGUAUGUUCACCUACCUCCACGCCCUGCUGGCCCAGUGUGCCCAGUCCUCUGUGCCAGCCCUGGUGCCCUCCUACACCUGCCUGCUGCCCCCUGGGGGGCUGCAGCACACCCUGCUGGCAGGCCACAGCUCUACUGUGACCGCCGUAGGAGGGGGGCAGCGGGGGACAGUGGCGGUGUCGGGCGGGGGAGACGGGACCCUGACGCUGUGGGACCUGGAGCUGGGGCGGGCUGUGAGGACCCUGGAGGGGGAGGGGGGCGUGGUGGCGGACGCCCUCACCCUGGGACUGGGGGAUAAGAUGGUGGCCGUCCGCAUGGGACAGACUCUACAGGUGAGAGAGGUGGAUUCUGGAAAAGUGGUGUACACCGAUAGGGACUCGAUGGAUGUUCCCGUGGUAACCACGGCCUGUGACGGACAGCUGCUGGUGGCCUUCUAUAACGGCAGUCACCUGGUGAAGGUGUUUGACCUGGCCUCCUCCUGCUCUCUGGUGUGCUGUGUCAGCAUCAAUCUGGAGUGUGACCCCAUCCACAAGGACAGCUCCAUCCUUGUGUCACACAACUCCAUCAAAGACUUUGUCCUCUUCGCCUACAGGUCGGCGUGCCAGGCAGCUGUGCUCAGUGCCAGAGGGGGGGCGGUGAGGUGUGUGCUGACGGCCCGGCACGGGGCCGCCUCCAUCCAGGGGGUGGAGAUGACCUCCGAGUACCUGCUGCUCUUCUGCAGGUACCCUUACAAGCUGGACGGUGAGAUCAUCCACAUCGAGCUCUUCGGCGUGGCCUCCUUCCAGUACUUGCGUUCCAUCCUGGGCUGCAGCCAGGACUACAUCUCCCAGGUCACUGUCAACCGCUCAGGGACGUACGCCGUAGCCUUCUGCCCCUCGCCCCGCACCGGGGUCACGGAGGUGGUGACCUGGAACUUGGAGACGGAGGACCACAAACACAUCGCACGAUUCCCCGGGGUUCUGACCGCAGGCGUGUGUCUGGACCUGCGCUUCUGUCUGGGGGUGUGCAGCGGAGAGAGGUACCUGAGACUCUGGGACCUGGUGUCCCGCAUCCAUGACCAGACUCUCACCUACAACGUUCACAAGCAGAAGAGCGACGGCACACAAGAGGUCGUCGUCGUGACAACGACCCCACGGUACGCUGUGUGCAGGUCGCUGCGUCCGGGCACCGUGCGCGUGUGGAACUUGGCCAAAAAAAGGUUUGUCGGAAGGCCAGUGCGAGUGGAGCACGGCCUCUACAGCAGCACUGACGUAGCCCUGGUCCACAACCUCAAACUGUACAUUCUGACGGACAGGGGGACAGCCACCUUCACAGACACCCCCUCACCCAUAUUUCAGACUCUGCUGGUGUACGACCUGAUCAAGAGGAGCUACUCGAGGAGGCAGACAGGCCUCUACAUCGCUCCCUGUCCCCAGCAUGAGUACAGGCUUCUGGAUGGACAGAUACUGCUGGGCCUCUCUGAGACUAGAGACCAUCUGAUUCUUUGGGACCUGGAGUCUGGCUAUAUCAAAGGAAGGAUCAAACCUUUCCACAAAGAGUCCCUCCUGUCUAGCAACAGCACAAUCAUAGAACGGCAGUCGCAGAUAUUACCGCCCAAAGAGCCCACAACUCUGAUAAUGCCAUGGGACAGACGCACAGAGAGCCACUCUGGCAGGAAGAGGAGACUGGAGAGGGAGGCGCAAAGGGAGAAGGAAGAGCAGCACAGGCUGGACCGGGAGAAAUAUAACGCCAUCGACCAGUACCUUCUCAGUGACGACCAACAGGUGGUGGUUUGCUCCUACUUUGCUCACCACCUCGGCGUGUUUAGCGUGGCCUCUCAGGACCACCUCCACACCCUGGAAGACAGGGCCUCCCUGCUGACCCUUCACACCGCCGCCAUGACCCGGCCUGGGACACACCUGGUGCUGGCCAACUACAGCCAGGCAGAACACACCUCCUACCUCACCCUCUGGGACCUCCACAAGGGCACAGUGAGGAAGAGGCUGAAGAACGAGCCGGGGGUCUGCUGUGUUGCGAUCACAGAAGACGCCAUCAGGGUCGUCUUCGGCGUCACCGGAAGUAACAAGUUGAAAGUAUGGGACCCCUUCAGGAGAAAUCACAAGACCAUUUCUGGCUACAGAAACCUGAGGAUAGAAGUGUCCAGCCAAUUGUACAUCACCGAAGGAGGUGCCAAAGCUAUUCUGCUCUCAGGUGAAGUCAGCCUUUGGGAUCUGGAGACUUGCAACGUUCUUUCAGUGCUGACCCCUGACGCCCACAUCCAAUGCCUCACCGUACUGGGUGGAACCAGCAGUAGGCUACUGCUGGGCCUUAGCCACAGCCCUGCCCUAAUCACAGUCAGGCUCACAUCACAGACCGUUGCCACAGCUACCAAGAACACCAGGGAAGAAGACCUCUUUGGAGAGUCCAGUAGCAGCGAGGAUGAAGACUUGUAGAUUUUAUGAGGAUUUUGUUAUUCUUGAACUUUUUUUGGGGGGGUGGGGUGCAAUGCUGCCUUAAAUGGCCAAUUCAGC